CAGCAUGGAAUGUGGAGUGUGUGACGCGGGUCUAGCGCUCGGCUCCAGGAAGGCUCCUAGCAGUGCAGCCAUGCAUGAGUCCGGGAGGUGCUCCCCGCGGCCGCCGCGCUGCGUGACUGGGUCACUGCUCCAGUGAUGUGUGCGCCGGGCACGUCUGCUGAGCGGAGCCGGUAGCCUCUCCGGGGUACCGGCUCUGAAUGAGUGAGGGCAGCGGCCGCAUUUCCCUGCAGUGUCUGUGUGAGGCUGCGUCCACUCCUUGUACCCUGGGACCGUGCGGACAGACGGCAUGACGGUGUGUAUGCGGCGGCUUAUCACCAGCACCCGGGGCUUCCUGUGGUCUGACAUGGAGACCCGAGCGCUGCUGGACAUCUGGGGGGAGGCUGACGUGCAGUCGGCCCUGGACGGCAAUUUCCGUAACAGCCAUGUGUACCGGGACGUGGCCGGCCGCCUCAGCGAGCUGGGGUUCGAGCGGACGCCGGAGCAGUGCCGCAUCCGCAUCAAGGGCCUCAAGCGCCAGUACUACCAGGCCCGGGAGGGCUUCAAGAAGAACGGCCACGCUCGGAAGAUCUGCCGCUACUACGAUGAGAUGGACCGCAUCCUGAGCACACGGCCGGCCCCGGCAGGGAGCACCGAGCACCUCUGCGGCCCGAUGCCCGAGCCCCCCGGAGUCCUGCUCCUCCGCCCCGACCCCCCCUGCCGAGAGGAGCUGCCUUCACACCCCAGGGAGGAGGAGGAUGAGGAGCUGGAGGACGAGGAAGAGCCCACUGGCUCCGGGGAGGGGGGGCCCGAGUCUUCCCAAGACAACUUCACCGAGGACUCUGGGGAGGGAUCGUCCUGCUACACGGAGCACCUUAUCAAAGUGGAAGACGGCCCCAGCUUCGCCAUCCCUUUACCCCCCAAGGAAGGUUAUAAAUCUAUUCAUGAUAAGACAAAUCCACCUCAGGUACCUCCGCUUAAAAAGUCUAAGAAGCGCCACUCAGGCUUCAGCGUGGACAAGAUGAUGGAGCGUUUCCUUCAGCAGAGUGUGAGUGCAGAAGAGCGGUUUUACAAGUAUGAGGAACAGCGGCUACAGAUUGAGGACAAGCGGCGAGAAGCUGAGCACAAUCGGGAAAUCCAAAUGUUGCAGAUGCUGGGACAAUUGCUAAAUGGCAUAUCCACCAGCUCUCAGAUGGGAGGGCACGGGCGUGUCAGCAGCCCCAUGCGAGGCAACGUCCGGACGUAUGGAGACGCAAUGCACUUUACAACUGCAUCACAAUUUUCUCCUCCAAUAGUUUUAGAGAGAUCCUUCUCUCUGCGUCCCACACGUCCAGCCAAGGACAUGGAGAAUAUCUUCCAGCUGGUCAGGAAUGUCAUCCCUCCACUUACUUCUAAAAAGCACAAAGGUCAAGAUGGGAAGAUUGGUAUUGUCGGAGGCUGUCAAGAAUAUACUGGUGCUCCGUACUUUGCAGCAAUUUCCGCUCUCAAAGUGGGUGCCGAUUUGUCCCAGGUAUUUUGUACCAAAGAUGCAGCAACUGUGAUUAAGUCAUACAGUCCAGAGCUGAUUGUACAUCCAGUCCUUGAUCACCCCAAUGCUUUGCAUGAGAUAGAAAAAUGGCUUCCAAGACUACACACUCUGGUAAUCGGACCGGGUUUGGGAAGAAAUGAUUCUAUACUGGACACUGCAAAGGGUAUUAUUGAAAAGGCCAAGGCAAAAGGCAUCCCUCUGGUUAUAGAUGCUGAUGGGCUAUGGCUUAUUGCCCAGCAACCUUCUGUUAUUCAAGGCUACCAAAGGGCUGUCCUCACCCCAAACUUCAUGGAGUUCAGUCGGCUGUAUGAAGCUGUGCUCACUGAGCCAGUGGACAGUAGUGAUCAGCAUGGAAGUGUACUAAGGCUCAGCCAAGCAAUGGGCAAUAUUACCAUUGUCCAGAAAGGAGAGUGGGAUCUCAUCUCAGACGGCAAUAAAGUUUUAGUGUGCAACCAUGAAGGCAGUAGCCGGCGUUGCGGCGGACAGGGCGAUCUCUUAGCUGGCUCUCUUGGCGUCUUGGUACACUGGGCAUUUCUUGCUGGACCAGAAAAGAUAAAUGGUCAAAAUCCUUUUGUGGUGGCGGCAUUUGGAGCCUGUUCUCUUACCAGGCAGUGCAAUCAGCAAGCAUUUCAGAAACAUGGACGGUCAAUGACCACUACGGACAUGAUUUCAGAAGUUGGAACAGCUUUUAACAAGCUCUUUGAAACCUGAUGCAGCGUAUUGUGAACAAAUGACUGCUUUAUUCAUAGGACUAACACUAGAUUGCACAAAACACUUGUUUCUGUGCAGUAGAAAUAUGGAAAAAUACAGCGCUGUACUUUUCUUUGUCCUGGAAAGGGGGGGGGGGGGGCGCGGGGUAGAGAAAACCCUAUUAAAGAUCCAGAUUUUUGUUCAGUCCUUUACCAAAAAAAAGAGCACUGAUUUGUAGGGCAGAAGAUGAAGUGUACCUUCACAGUAAAGGAGACCGUUCUUCCCGUCAUGGCUGAACACUUACUACAGUAUGAGACCCACUUUCUGCACACCCAGCAGUUACGUCUCGGUGCUCUGAACUGUGAUAAUGAGCUUCAUAGAAAUGAAUGGUGUUGCAUGUAGAUCACAGUCCACAGUGACUCCUGCUCGGUGAUAAGUGCCUGCAAUUAGGUUUCAUUUGUCUCCACUUUGUAAUGAGCCCUUUGAAAUAUUGUCAGAGCUUUUAAUGCAUUGUUCUUAAUGUACAUCAUAGUUUGUAUGCAUUUUUAGAAAAUGUUCCCAGGAAAGUAGAAUAAUUUAUCCAAUCAAAAGCUCUAUUGUCUUAAAUUCAUUUGGUAAUUUUUACUUAUGAACAAGACCUUAAUCUAGGUAACAGUUGUUUCAAAUGAAAGUCAAAUAAAUAGUCAUUUUGGACAAUU